AUGUCGACCAUACAGGUGUUUCUGACCGAUGGCCAAACACAUCAAUUGCGCAGCAGAGUCGUCUCCGCGACACCUUUCAGUACUCUGGACUCGGCCGAUCAGACACUCUUCCCCCGAGCCGAACAAGACCACCGGGUGGUGGUGACUACAGAGACCAUCUUCCACCCUCAAGGCGGCGGGCAGCCCUCCGACACAGGAGAGAUUACGUCAACCGCCGCCACCACCACCACAACCACCACCACCACUGCCGCCAGAUUCAGCGUCGAGAUGACCCGGCUGAGUCCCAGCAGCGGCAAAGUCCUCCACUUGGGGAGAUUCCAAGAUACUUUGACUUUAUUCAAGCCCGAGGAGGAGAUCCUGCAAACACUCGACACGGAGAAACGAGAACUCUAUUCACGCUAUCACACGGCCGGCCACACACUCGACGCCGCGGUACGGCAUGUCUGCGGCACAACCGUCGCCAACUUUGAUAAAUUGAAGGCGUCACAUGUGCCGGGCUCGGCGGCCUGCGAGUUCACGGGCUUGAUCCCCGGCGAGCGGAAAGCGGCGAUUCAGGCACGGUUGAAUGAGCUGCUCGCUACGAAGGCCGAGGUCAAGAUUGAAUACUGGGCCAAGGACGAGAUUGAGAGGGUCAGUCAGGAGAUGUGCAUUCACUUGGAUGAUGUGACGUUGGCGGAAAAUGGGAGGUGCAGAGUGGUGAAUAUUGAGGGUAUUGAUGUGUGUCCGUGUGGAGGCACGCAUGUGGCGAGUCUUGACAAGUGUGGCAGGAUUACUGUAACGAAGAUCAGUCGCAGUAAUGGGAAUAGUAGGGUUAGCUAUAGACUGGAGUAG